AUGAUAACUCCAAAGGUUUGGUUUAAACUUAUAAAUCCUACUGAUAACUGGACUAAAGUUUCAUUAGAGGAAGUUGAAGAUGUGGACGACCUCAAGAAAAAAAUAAAAAUCGAAAUGGCUCCAAAACUCGAUACUUUCACUUCGUCAAGUCUCACUCUCAAAGCAACGUAUAAUAAUGAUAAUCCAAAUGAGGCAGUAGAACUACGUGAGAAAGAUGUACUUGUUUCUGUCUUAAGACUUUUCAAUAUUGAGGAAACGAAUGUUAAAGAUUCUUUCGCAAAGAAUAUUCUGUUGUUUGUUACUGCUUCUUCUGAUAUGCCAGGGAAACGCAAAUCCACAGAGUCGAAUGAAUUUGACAAGAAGCAAAAAUUAAACCCGUUGUUUGAGAGCAUUUAUAAUAUAGCAAAGAGCCAGAAGGACCAACUUCUUGAAAUGCAACAAGACCAACAAAAAAAUAAUGUUAUUAAACAUAAUGAAGAGCUUGCAGUGAUUGAAAAGAAAGUACUUUAUGUGAGAAAAUCAUAUAAGUAUCUUUACGAUCAACUGAAAAAGAAAUCAGGUUACGGUUUAAAGAAAUUCCUUAUCACCGGUACAUCGGGUAUCGGAAAAUCAUGUUUCCUAGUUUACGUCUUAAUGCAACUUUUAUGUGAAGAUGUCGUUGUAAUUUCUCAGCCUAUCAACAGUCAAGAUUUCUAUUGUUUUAAGGAUCAAAUAAUAACCUGUGGAACAUAUAAUGAUUUCGAAUAUUUACUCAAUUUAACUACAACUUGGUACCUUGCAGAUGGUAUUACAUCCCCAAAAUUAGUGUAUGGAACAACAGUUGUCUCCCUAUCACCAAAUGGAAUUGCAAAAACAGAAUUUCAAGAAUUUGAUAAGCUUCAUCCAAUUGAAUAUUAUAUGGGUCCGUGGACAUUAGAAGAAUUAUUAUAUUGUCGGGAGCAUGCUUUUCCACUAGUGCCGAAAGAAAUAGUGACUAAUCUUUUUCAUAAAGCAGGUGGAGUACCUAGAUACGUCCUUCGAAAUGUUGAGGCGUCAAUAAAAGAUGUUGUUGGAAAUAAAGAAGAAACACUGGAUGCUGAAGACAAGAAAAAAAUUGAGGAAAAAGCUUAUAGUCGUAUUGAAUUAGCCAUUUCAAAGACCGAUAACUUCGAUAAGAUUAUUAAAUGUUUUACUGAAGAUGAAAAAAGUUGUGUCGAAAUUAGCAAUCGAAUCAUUCACAGAUGGCCGGAUGACACACAUCGCAAUUAUCACUACAAAUGGGCCUCUCCCUAUGUAUUCGAGAGAAUUCAGGAAAAAUUAGAAGAGACAGCAUGGGUCGAUUGUUUGCACAAAAUACGACUUAUGCGAAGUCCUUAUGAGGCUAGUGCAAAGGGAUUUUUAUUUGAAUGUUAUGUAAUCCACCUAUUUCGUACUGGAAACCAGAAAUUUGAAGUAAGGAAGCUGACAGGUGAAGAAAAAGAUCAAUUUUUCGUACAUCAUAAGCCAGAAGCUGGGUUUGUAAGAAAUUUAUCCGAUCUCUUAAAGUAUUCUGGAGAAAACAUAGUUAUCGUACCAGAUAAACAAAAUUUUGGUGCGGUAGACUUAUUUGUAACACCUAAUUAUAUUUUUCAAGUCACGGUGUCGGAAUAUCAUCCUAUAAAACAAGUUGAGCUGACAAAAGUAAUCACAAACAUGCCAGUCUAUAUUAGUGAUCAAAAUGCUAAAAUUCAACUUUACUUCGUGGUUCCAGAUGACAUAUACGACAAAUUUAAACAUCAAAGUUACACAACUCGAGAUAAAGAUUCUAACGAAGAUCGACCAGUCUUGAGAAUGAAUCCCGCCAUUAAAAAUGUCGAGCAAUGGGCUCUAAAAGUACAAAUCAAUCUGAUAUUAUAAUAAUAAUAGUUUUAUAUAAAAAUAAAUAGAAAAAUUUUUUUCUUGUAUUAUACAGCUUUUACGAUGUUGGAGGAAAUUUAAUAAAUAAUCUUGCUUUGUUUGAAGAAUAAAA